CUGGGGGCCAAGCUGCAGAGCAAGAGGAUGUGAUAGACUUCUCUGGGCCACCAAAAAGAAGGAGGAACCACAAGGUACCCUCAGGGUGAACUAGAAACACCAGGAAAAGUGAUCGACUCAAGAGGAGCACAAGGGAUCUGGAUGUCCUCUUGACUCUCCAAGGUGUUGUUCCGGUUGUGGGACUACCUGUAACUUGCUGAGUCCAGCCCUACGACAGCCCUUUGUUAACGAGAGUCAUUGUCUGUCUGGGGACGCCGCUCAACCAGGCAUUUUCUGAUCUCCUCAAUGUCCCAUUUGUAGAGGGUGGAGAUGAAGACACGUGAAGUGUGACAUCUGUUUACUUUUCAUAAAAGCCCUUAAAAAAGGAAACUCGCUGAUCUCUAGUUGUGACUCAAUCGCCGAAGUCUCAGGAUGGAUGAGAAGGAGCCUGUGGACCAUGAGGAGCCUCCUACCACAGACGUGUGGUCAACUGCAGACCAGCACGCUGCAUGCAGAGGCUUGAAGGUUCAGCCUGGAGAAAGUUUACAUGACACCAUGAAGGAGAACGAGAAGUACCACGUCACUCCUGAUCAGGAGAAAGGCGUCCACAUCAUCAACAUCAAAGCCAUCGAAGACAUCGGCUACAUCCAGCCGGACACCUUGUUGUUGAAUUCCCUGGGUGCCGAUCAAGACUCUGCCUGUAAACAUGGUAUAUGUUUCAGAGAUGGCCAGAGGAAAGUGGACUAUAUUUUGGCUUACACCUACAAGAAGUCUUCAGGUAGCAGAACACCAAGUAGAAAGUCUCUCCACAGUAACUCUUUGCACAUGUCUCGGAAUAGUAAAGACAGUCAUCAUCUUCCUGGAGGAACUGGUGACGUAGAGUAUGCAGAAACUGAACCCAAGAUGGAUUACCAUGAAGAUGACAAGAGAUUCCGUAGAGAAGAGUUUGAGGGUAACUUGAUGGAGACUGGUCUGGAACUGGAGAAAGAUGAUGAGACUAAAAUGCACGGCGUGGGGUUUGUGAAGAUUCAUGCUCCCUGGAAUGUUCUCUGCAGAGAAGCUGAGUUUAUGAAACUUAAGAUGCCAACGAAGAAGGUCUAUCACUUAAAUCAGAACCAGGGCCUGAUGCACAAACUCAACUCCGUCUUACAGAAAAUAACUGAACCAAUACGGCCCAAGGUUGCUGGUCACCGACCACAGACAGUCAAACAUCUCUCUUACCCUUUUUCCAGGGAAAAACACUAUAUGUUCGAUAUGUCAGACAAAGAGUCGUUCUUCGACAGCAAAACAAGAAGCUCAAUUGUGUAUGAAAUCUUGAAAAGGACAACCUGUACCAAAGCCAAAUACAGCAUGGGAAUUACCAGCCUACUUGCUAAUGGCGUGUACAGCGCUGCCUAUCCGCUACACGAUGGAGAUUAUGAAAAUGGUGCUGAACCCAAUGACCGGAAGCUUUUGUGUGACGAGUGGGCCAGUUAUGGUGUUUUUUACAAGUAUCAACCCGUCGACCUGGUCCGGAAAUAUUUUGGGGAGAAGAUUGCCCUGUACUUUGCCUGGCUCGGAGUGUACACUCAGAUGCUUAUUCCUGCUUCCGUUGUGGGGAUCAUCGUGUUCCUUUAUGGAUGUGCGACUGUAGAUGAAGACAUCCCAAGCAUGGAGAUGUGUGACCAGCGGAUCAAUAUUACCAUGUGCCCCUUAUGUGACAAGACCUGUAACUACUGGAAGAUCAGCUCUGCCUGUGCCACAGCCCGUGCCAGUCAUCUCUUCGACAACCCAGCCACAGUCUUCUUCUCUGUCUUCAUGGCUUUAUGGGCUGCCACAUUCAUGGAGCACUGGAAACGGCGACAAAUGAGGCUCAACUACAGAUGGGACCUGACCGGAUUUGAAGAAGAAGAAGGCACAGUCAAGGACCACCCCAGGGCAGAGUAUGAGGCUAAAGUCCUUCAGAAAUCGCUGAAGAAGGAGCGCAGGCACAAAGAGAAGCAUCAGCCUGUUCCUGAGGACAACACAAACAAGUGGAGGCAGAGAGUUAAGACAGCCAUGGCUGGGGUGAAAUUGACUGAGAAGGAGAAGUUGACAUGGAGGGACAGAGUUCCUGCCUAUGUCACAAACAUGGUCAGCAUUGUCUUCAUGAUUGGACUGACAUUUGCCAUUGUCUUUGGCGUCAUUUUAUAUCGAGUCUCCACGGCGGCUGCAUUGGCCAUGAGUUCUAAUCCUUCUGCCCGUGCCAAUGUCCGAGUGACUGUGACUGCGACCGCCGUCAUCAUUAACCUGGUGGUGAUUCUGAUUCUGGAUGAGGUUUAUGGCUGCAUAGCAAGAUGGCUAACCCAGAUUGAGGUUCCAAAAACAGACAAGACGUUUGAAGAACGCUUGAUAUUCAAGGCUUUUCUUCUGAAGUUCGUCAAUGCUUACACGCCCAUCUUUUACGUUGCUUUCUUCAAGGGACGGUUUAUUGGCCGCCCAGGAGACUACGUCUAUAUUUUUGGGUCCUUUAGAAUGGAGGAGUGCGCCCCUGGUGGUUGUUUAAUGGAACUGUGCAUCCAGUUGAGCAUCAUCAUGUUGGGGAAGCAGCUGAUCCAGAACAAUCUUUUCGAGAUAGGCAUCCCGAAGUUGAAGAAGCUGAUCAGAUAUUUAAAGUCCAGAAGACAGACCUACAUGGAUGAUGAGGACCAUGUGAAGAGAAAACAACGUUAUGAAUUGGAUUAUGACCUGGAACCUUUUGCUGGACUUACUCCAGAGUAUAUGGAAAUGAUCAUCCAGUUUGGAUUUGUCACCUUGUUUGUUGCCUCCUUCCCUUUGGCUCCUUUGUUUGCCUUGCUGAACAACAUCAUCGAAAUAAGACUGGACGCCAAGAAAUUUGUCACCGAGCUCAGACGACCGGUGGCUGUCAGAGCAAAGGACAUUGGCAUUUGGUAUAAUAUUCUGCGAGGCAUUGGGAAGCUUGCAGUUAUAAUAAACGCCUUUGUGAUCUCAUUCACCUCUGACUUCAUUCCACGCCUCGUGUACCUGUACAUGUACAGUCCAGACGGCACCAUGCAUGGCUUUCUCAACAACACACUUGCCUACUUUAAUGUCAGUGACUUUAAACCUGGUACCGCGCCAAACAUUGACCAGGACAUAGGAUACCCGGUGGAGAUCUGCAGGUACAAAGAUUACAGGGAAGUUCCAUGGUCUGAGAAUAAAUACGAUAUCACAAAGGAAUUCUGGGCCGUUCUGGCUGCAAGAUUGGCCUUUGUCAUUGUUUUUCAGAAUCUGGUCAUGUUCAUGAGCGACUUUGUCGACUGGAUAAUCCCAGACAUUCCCAAAGACAUCAGUGAACAGAUCCACAGGGAGAAAGUCUUAAUGGUUGAGGUGUUCUUGAAGGAAGAGCAGGGAAAAUUGCAAAUGCUGGAAACCUGGAAGGAACACCAUGAUAAGAAAAAAGUUGAAAACUGCAACAACCAAAGCCCCAGUCGCUCCCGCUGCAACACGGGGAGCACAACCUCGGCGUACUCUCAGCGUGUGGACGUGUAGAAUAAACCGCCUGGGGGACACGUUGUUUGGGCAUUCAUUCCACUUACAGAAAGGUCAUCCAAGGUUUGACUCUUGAGCAUUUACCAGCUCUUGUCUGUGCACCCCAUCUUGGCUCCCGGCUCGUGUGGCCAGAGGACCGCGCUCCUUGGGGACGAGCAGUGCAGCAGGGGAUUUCCUGACCGGCUUGAUGACUUCAGUGUCGCCACUGGCAUCUGCAUGUUGUACAGUAGCAGUAGAAUGUAUUUCCUCUGUCUUGGGUAUAUUGUGCCUUCUGGCUGGGUCACUUGCAGAACAUUUUCAGCUUUCUUUGCAGAGACUUGCAGACUUUUAUUUUAAGUUGGACUUGGAUGGGACUUCACGGAUCUCUGACGGACAGCUCGUUGCUGACAUUCCUCCUGAGUAAUCUGUGAAUCUGGCGGAGUCUCCUAAAAAAAAAAAAAA